GAAGAUUAGGUAGUUUCGGCCAGAUUCACUGGCGGAGAGAGAUUCCGUUGAGAGAGGGUCUCCGAAAGGGUGGUGGAUGGGGUGACAAUGGCCGAUCAUUCCCAUGAAAGAGCAGCGAAGAGUGCAGCCGCACUGCCUUCAGCGAAGCACUGCGCUCUUUCUACCACUGUCUGUGCAAGGCGGGCUCAGCCACACAUAAGAGCAGUUUGACCACAAGCCGAGCCGAGUCGGGGGGCUGUUUUUGCUCCAAGCCCAGCUGUGAGGCGUCGUCAUUAUUUUUUUGCGACUUUACACUGCUUUUAUCACAAGCUAUUUUCCUUCUAUAAUUCAACAUGGCCGAUUCCGAACUCGAGGCAAUCAGAGCGCGCCGCAUGGCCGAGCUGCAGGGUGGACAGGGCAGCAGCAGCAACGCCGAGGCCGAUGCGCAGAGGCGGCAGGAGGAGGAGGCGCGGCAGACGAUGUUGUCGCAAAUUCUCACCAACGAGGCUCGCGAGCGCAUCGGACGCAUUGCGCUGGUUCGGCCGGAGCGGGCAAGCGCCAUCGAGGGCAUGCUGAUGCGGAUGGCCAAGAUGGGUCAGAUCCGCAAAAAGGUCACUGAGGAGGAUCUGAAGGGCAUGCUGGAGGAGCUCAAUGCCGAGACGGCUGCCGAGACAACCAUCACAUACAGCCGGAAGGACGCUAUGGACGACAGCGAUGACGAGGAGUACGACUUCUGAGUUGAUUCGGGAUCCUAUAAGGCUUUGCAUGUAACGUUGUGGUUUUUGAAUAAAGCCCGAGAUCGCGGGAGACAAAUGUGCUAGGGGAA